GUCCAUUCUAGACUCCAAAAUGUAUGUAAAAUAACUAAAAGAUCUUAUUUUUAUAUUUUUGAGAAAAAAUUCCUAUAUAUUGAAAAUUAUAGGAAAAAGUUACUCUGCUACUAUACCUGUUGGUGCUGGUGAUAAAGUAUUUAAAUACUUCUGUAGCGAAGAUGGAUGGGGAAUUGGAAUGUUUUUGUAAUAAAUCUGUACAGUUGAUAAAUAUUUCUACGAAAUCAAGAAAAUUUUCCAAUGUGAAGAAUUUGAAUUUCCUAAAGUUUAUUAUAGUUACAAAAAAUCAAUAUUAUCGAAUAUUCAUGCUAUUAAUUGAUCAUUAGCAUAAUAGAUGUUUGUUGGAGAUAUCUACAGUUUUACCUUAAUGAUUAAUCCCAAAAAAGUAUCAAAACAGCAAUGGAAUUUUCAAAGUUAUCUGUGAAUCAUACUGCUUAGAUUGACAUAGAAAUCUUAUAUUUAAGUAUCUAAUUCAAACAUGCAAAAUAUUUCUGUGAUUCUUUUGGAGGUGUUGUGAAAUAUUUUAAAAUAUUUUUUUCAUGCCUUUCUAUGUUUUCAAUAAACCAUUUAAAAGACAACUUUCAACACAUGCCAAUGACUAAACUUUAUAAAUCACUCCUGCACUUAAAAUACAAUAUGCUAAGAGAGAGAGAGAGGCAUGGAGAGAGGGGGAUGUAAUUCUAAAAUAUAGGCUUAUUUUUUUUAAUUAAUUUCUUUAGUUGUCUAAGCUUUAAAAUUAUCGUUUUUCUUAAUGAAUGAUGUUCUAUUAUGCACUAGGCUUAAAGUAUAAUGCAUAUUCAUUUUGUAAGGUAAAUUUCCUCUCCCCAAGUAACUAACUCUAUAUUAACAUUGAACUAGGAACAAUUUGGCAACCUGCCUAUACACAGUUACAUAGUAAAUCUUUCUCAUGACAUUCAAAUGUGCUUUACAUAAAGUAAUUCCGUCAAUACGUCAUUUUGCAACAUUUUAAAAAGAUAAUAUAACAUUCAUCUAGAAUAAAACUAGGUGGCGCUCUGAAUCUUUUAUAAAAAAAAAACUUUUUUGUAUAAAAGUUCAACCUUAAAUCUUUAAAUUAGGACAAAAUUUUGAAUCACUAAAAUGACAUCAUUUAGAGAAGAUUAUAACAAUGAAGAAUGGCCUGAAAAUUUUAUAAACAAUUGGAGACAACCUGAUAUAGAGAAUUUCGCAAAUUUAUUUCAACUUCAUAGAUUUAUAAAGAGUUUGACAAAAAGUGGUAAAUAUUUGGAAAUUGGGAGUGGUCCUUCACCUAUUGGAAUUUUUUCAGCGAGUAUCAAAUUCGAUGACAUUACAUUAUCCGACUUCUCUGAUGUUAAUAUCGACUGCUUGAAAAAAUGGAAAACUGUAGAUGACCUAGACAACAUAAGAACUUUGGUUCAGUAUGUUUCAGCUUUAGAAGGUCGUGAUAUUAACGAAAUGAAUGAAAAUGCAUUGAAAAGUGUUAAGAAAAUUUCACAGUCGGAUUUGCUCAAUCAUCAAAUAAUACCAAAUGACGAUAGUAAGUAUGAUGUAAUCUCCAUGAAUUUCGUGUUGCUGUCUGCUUGUAAAACAGAGGAAGAUUUGAUGAAGUCGUUAAAAAAUGUAUACAAUAAAUUGAAUCCAGGUGGCGUAUUAUACGAUUACGGAGCUGUAAAACAGCAAAAUUAUCAAGUAGGGGAAAAAACAUUUGCUCAUUAUUGCAUUGAUUCAGACAAACUUGUAAAUAUUGUAGAAGAAGUUGGCUUCAAAGUAUCAUCGUACGGAAAGUUUGUCAUGAGUGUUCCAACAUAUUUUUUUAUAGCCAGUUGCUGAAUAAAAUUCCAAAUAAUCAAUAUUAAUUUAACAUAGAUAUUGGAAGAAGAAAAGUGUUCCUGAGUUUAUCAUGUGGGAAAAGUUUCUCCUGCUCCCAUUUAACAUUCUUUGUUUAUUAGUCAAUAACUGCCAGAUAUUAAUUAAUCAUAAAUUCUCUAAACUUAUUAAAUAUACAUUCAAAGCAUUCUUUAAUAUACUGCCAGAUGAUUUUAUCCAAAAACAGUUAAAUUUAAUUGAAUCUACAAACUUCAACUAUUUCAAGAGUAUGACCUACU